GGCGGGGAGCCGCGGGUCCUGGAGGGGGAGGGGCAGAGGAGGGUUUCACCACCGCGCUUGGUACGGCGACAGGAAUCUGCCACACCACAAAUUGGACAUAUUCAGCAUACCUGGUGUAUAUGGUGGUGCUAUUAUCCUCUGCAAUCAUGUGACUAAGCUGGAGAGCUUCAAGCAGAAACUUUUUGCCCUUCCUGAUUAUGCUACAUCAUUCAUAAGGAAGAUCAGAGCUGGUAUGCUUCUCUUUGUGUUUGAGCGUGAGGAGAAAAAACUUUCUGGCGUGUUUGAGGCAACUUCAGAUGGAGCACUGAAUAUCCUUCCUAAUGCAUUUCGUUCAUCACGGAAGCCCAGACCAGCCCAGGUUCGUUUCAGAAGAGUUUGGUUCUGUAAGCCCCUGACGGAAGCUGAAUUUUCUGAUGAAAUCAAAGGACUUCAACCCCAAAUGUCUUUCUUUGGUAUAUCAUACCAGCAGGUUUUAAAUCUUGUACACCUGUUUUCUUCAAAGAGGAUCAGUCUGGAGCCUUACAAGAAACCAAAAUCAAGAGUUAUAUCGGACUACAAUGUCUCUCUGGCUCGUGCUGGACUAGAGUCCAGUUUACACACUGGUGGCAAUGCCUUCCCUAACCGUUCAUCUUCUAUGCUAUGCAACAACAGAAUCUCGGCACCACGCAGUCCCUUCAUGUAUGGCAAAAAAAAUGCCAAGCAUGCUGCUUAUAACCAUGAAUCUUCUUUGCACCCUCAUAUCAAGUCUAUGAUCUUCAAAGCGCCAGAUAUCAAAGCGCAAGUCUUGGAACCAAAUGCUGAUUUUAUACCACUUGAUCUAGAUGAUUAUAAGUCUGACAGUGAUGCAGUCCCUUCAGAUCUACUGGGACCUGCAGGCUUAUAUUUAGCAUUACCAGGCAGCAUCAUCAAUGAAGAUCAAGGUCCUGAACCUUUCAAUGUCAAGCACAAUGAGGAUGACAUGUAUCCUGCACCUGUGUUGAGCCAAAGCUUCCAUUCUCUAUGCGAAACAAGUCAAAACAGUGCCAUUGCUCAUUUCAUGAAAGAGAGGCAAUCAAGCAUGCAGGGCAGGGGAUGCAAACGCAUGUCAACCCUCCAGUUUGAUGGACACUCACAUCUCCCAUCCCCAAGGAGUUCCACUAUAGCAAAGAAGGUGUCAUUUAGCUUUGAUGCUGAUGAAAUUUCGGUUACCUCUGAUAAAGCAUUGAACAGACCUGCACUUGCUGAACUCGAACAAAACAGAGAAGCAGUUACCAAAGAAAGAAAGCAACAGAAAGAGUUGCUAGUCUACGUGUCAAGAGCUGCUUCGGCAAUAGCCGGUAGCCGGUCAAUGCUGAUGCAGUCAAGCAAGCUGUCCUGCACACUUCUGCCCGAUGAGGAAUGAAGAUAGCUUCACAGAAUCAGUGUUUCUAACUCAGUGGUGGGCAGGUAGUAACUUCAGUUGUUACAUCAGGUGGUGAUGAUAAUGCGCAACGCUUUCCCUUAAGUGGGUGUUCUAGAGAUUUUUUUUUUUGAGCAGUAGCCCAGGAUGACUUGACAUUUACGAUGAUCAGGCAGAUAUAAAUAUGUGUCAUCGUUCACCGCAUUUUGUUUUUUGUUCCAGCUCAACAAUAUUCAGGGAUGAGUGCUGGUUUUGCACUAUGUAGAGAGAUCUGAGUAAAAGUUUUUACUAAUUCUGUUCUCUAGCAUUUCGUGGGCGAUCUGCUGAUUAUACAAUAUAUCAGCUGCAUGACUGUUUGCUUGCAAGUUGUUUUUCCUGGGAAAAAGUUGUAUGGUCACCUUCACUGUCAUUUGUUCUUGUGGUGUUUAGAUAUGAAUAUCUUGUUCACUGUUGCCAAGCAUAAUGCAGCAGUGUGCA